AUGUUCGUUCCGGCCUACAAAAUUGCCAUGACUGCCAAGGUCGUCUUCACAGCGGCCGCGAGCUUCACGAGACUCUCUCUGCAUUGCUUCUACUACCGCUUGGUCACAGACUCGGGAAAGACAUGGUUCAAGUGGGCGGUCCACGUCAACGUUGCCUACACACUCGGCAUCUUGAUAUCGUUUCCCUUCAUCGCCAUCUUCUUCUGCACACCCAUCAAGAACUAUUGGACCAUCGGCGCACCGGCAGACACUUGCAUGGACGAGGGAACUGCGACUCUCAUUUGCGGAAUCAUCAACUGUGUCGCGGACUUCCUUACUACCUUAACACCAAUACCUUUGGUCAUGGGCAUAUGCGCCUCGGCCCCAGUACUAAAACCUCUCCUCGCGAAGAUCCCCUUCAGUCUAUCGCAAUCCUUCUCAGGUGGCAUAUCCUUCAAGAAGAGCGCGAACUCAUCAAAGACGCUAACCGCCAACGCAUCAGCGUCGCAUUCCUCCACGAACCGGAAAUCCGCAGCACCGCGCAAUGCGCCAGAACUCGCAAACGACAAAGGCAACAGCUAUGAGAUGAAGCAUUGGGCGGACACAGAACAGGAUCUGGAGCGAGGGAGCCAGGAAGCUAUUUUGGAAGAGGAGGAAGCUCCCAAAACGGGAAUGUCCCGCCUGUGGGGCAAGGUCCGCCCGAAAAGCAACAAUGGAAAUAUGAAUACGGACACCGACAUGACGAUAACUUUGACCAGCGAAGUGGAACUGCAAGUCGAGCGGAUGAAGCAACGUCCGGCGCGGUACGAGACACACGGUGACCUUCACGAGAACCACAUGCCAUUACCACCGCUGGCACCGCGAUCCAGCGGACACGACCGGUGA